AUGGCUGAAGCACAGGUCUUGCCUCGUGGCCAAGGCGAGCAGCGAGAGGGAGGCGGAGGCGGAAGUGGCUUCAGCUUCAACAAGCUCCUUCUUGGUGGUGCCAUCUACUUUGGUCUCAAUGCGGCUAUGAACUUUGCCUUGAAGAAGGACCAGAAAGGAGUAACCAUCACCAACCCCGAGACCGGUGAGGCUAUCAAAGUUCCUGGUAACGUCGAGGGCAUUCCCCCUUUCGAACUUCGACCGAAGGAGCUCAACGUGGCCGCUACAUAUCGAAGCAUCCCCAAGAAUAUCGCGCCUAUCUGGCCUCAAGACAGCCACGUCGAUAUCACCGUCACCCUCUCGCAGUCCUUCAACCCAGUUCCCAUCUCGUCCGUCCCCGAGGAAUAUCUCGUGCUCCAGGAAAAGGAUUUCCACCUUAGCAACAAGUCUGACAAGCGAACGAUCGAGACCAAGUUUACUGUCCCGCCCGCUGUUCAGCACAAUGGCACUCUUUGGGGACACUUCUACGUGGGUCUCCCUGGAAGCAACCUCGACCCCAAGGAGCCCGGCUAUGAUACUUCCAAGGCGUACUACUUUACUUGGCCAUUGACUCAGUAUCUUCCCAAGAAAAAGGUUGCAAAGACCCGAAACCUGCUGGAGGAUACGUCCAAACAAGAGGAGGAACCUGAGGAAGAGGAGCCAACCGGACCUAUCAUUGCCAACUACUACCACCCCAACGCCAGCUUCUCUUUCAUUCCUGAUAUGGGUGUCAAGGACUUUGCCACGAUAUCUGGUCAAAUGCGACAAUAUGUACGACUUGAGGCUACUGGCGCCCGAGAUGGUUCAGGCCAACAUGCCUGGUACUAUCCUGUUCUCUUUGUCAACAACUUCUGGCAAUUGACAAACAAGAUGACCCUUCUUAACGAUACCGUCAAGGAGCUUCCUCUCCGCAUUGAUCUCAACAACCUGUCUAGCUGGCAGUUCCAAAUCAUGGCUACCCUUGAGUACAACUCCAAGGAGGCUGCUAAACAAGCUGCAUUCGGUAGUUCGCUCCCUGGCGGUGGUGACGGCACAGAAAUCGAGAUGAUCAAGGAAGUUUUUCUUGACUCUAACCCCAUCUUGCUCGGUGUCACCAUUGUGGUCAGCAUUCUGCAUAUGAUUCUCGAGACGCUCGCUUUUGGAUCCGACAUUGCCCACUAUCGUAAGAAGAAGGACAAUGUUGGUAUCUCGGUCCGCUCCAUCUUGGCCAAUGUCUUUAUGCAAGCUGUCAUCUUUUUGUAUCUCCUUGACAACUCGCAGAACACCAGCUGGAUGAUCCUAGGAUCCCAGGUAGUAGGCAUAGUUAUUGAGUUCUGGAAGAUCACCACCGUCGUUAACGUUCGCGUCCGUCCUGGCGCACCUGGAUCACUUCUCCCCUACACUAUCGCGUUCGAGGACAAGCAGAAACUGACGGAGACCGAGGAGAAGACCAAGGAAUACGACGAGAUUGCCUUCAAGUACAUGUACAUUGCUGGAGUUCCUCUCCUGAUUGCAUACGGCAUCUACUCGCUCUACUACGAUUCCCACAAGUCGUGGUACUCUUACAUCAUCACAACCCUUGUAGGAUCUGUCUACGCCUACGGAUUCCUCAUGAUGGUUCCUUCGCUGUACAUCAACUAUCGUCUGAAGAGUGUUGCUCACAUGCCCGCCAAGGCCAUGAUGUACAAGUUUCUCAACACCUUUAUCGAUGAUUUGUUCGCCUUUACCAUCAAGAUGCCCUUCCUACAUCGCCUGGCAACUCUUCGAGACGAUGUGAUUUUCUUCGUGUAUCUGUACCAGCGAUGGGCCUACCGCAUUGACUACACCCGUGUCAACGAAUUCGGCCAGGGUGGUGAAGAUGAGGCUAUCGACGACAAGAAGGCAAAGGAUGAGGCCAAGGACAAACUGUUUGAGGAUGUCAAGGCCGAAGCCAAGACUACUGGCUCGGAUACCGGCAAUGCCAAGAAGCGCAAGUGA